UCCGGAGCGUUGGGGCAUCUUCCGGUCGGCGCUAGGGGGCCGACUGGCCUCGGGCGUGAAGGUGAGCCUCGGGCGGCUGCCCUGCCCCGCCUCCUCGUGCUGCCUGGGCUUCCCCUCCUUGAGGUUCUAUAUUGAAGCCCAGAGAGGUCGAGGGACCGCAGGCUGGUGACCGAAAUGGACCUUGCGCCACCCCAUAGCUGUCCUGUUUCCACUGCGCUGUGAAAUUGGUGUAGUGCCGUGGCUGUGCGCCCCAGUGGUGAGCAGGCUGCCUGCUGGGGACUGGAAAUUUAGCUCAGUGGAACCACGCCUGCCUCGCAAACGCAAGGUCCUGAGCUCCAUCCCCAGCACCAAAAACCAUCUGGCCCUGGGGGCUGACCCUGUUGUGACUGCCCACCAUGUGGACACCCCUUCCCACCCUCCCCAUCCUCUGGCUUGCUCUGGCCUGGGGCUCAGUCAGUGCUACUUUGUCAAAGUCAGAUGCCAGAAAAGCUGCCUCAAAGACACUACUGGAAAAGACACAAUUUUCAGAUAAGCCCGUCCAAGAGCGGGAUCUGGUGGUGACAGACUUCAAAGCUGAAGAUGUGGUCCUCGAGCAUCGCAGCUACUGCUCCGCAAAGGCACGGGAGAGGAACUUCACUGGGGCUGUCCUGGGCUAUGUCACUCCCUGGAACAGCCACGGCUAUGACGUGGCCAAGGUCUUCGGGAGCAAGUUCACGCAGAUCUCACCCGUCUGGCUACAGCUGAAGAGGCGUGGCCGGGAGAUGUUUGAGGUCACAGGCCUCCACGAUGUGGACCAAGGUUGGAUGCGAGCUGUGAGGAAACACGCCAAAGGCCUGCACAUAGUGCCUCGUCUUCUGUUUGAGGACUGGACUUACGAUGAUUUCCGGAACGUCUUAGACAGCGAGGAUGAGAUAGAAGAGCUCAGCAAGACUGUGGUCCAGGUGGCAAAGAACCAGCACUUUGAUGGCUUCGUGGUGGAGGUGUGGAGCCAGCUGCUGAGACAGAAGCACGUGGGCCUCAUCCACAUGCUCACUCAUGUGGCAGAAGCGCUGCACCAGGCUCGGCUGCUGGCCAUUCUAGUCAUCCCUCCCUCUGUCACCCCAGGGACCGACCAGCUGGGCAUGUUCACGCACAAGGAGUUUGAGCAGCUGGCCCCAGUGCUGGACGGCUUCAGCCUCAUGACUUACGACUACUCCACGUCGCAGCAGCCUGGCCCCAAUGCACCGCUGUCAUGGGUUCAAGCCUGUGUCCAGGUCCUGGACCCCAAGUCCAGGUGGCGGAGCAAGAUUCUCCUGGGGCUGAACUUCUACGGCAUGGACUAUGCAGCCUCCAAGGAUGCCCGUGAGCCUGUCAUCGGAGCCAGGCCAGGGCUGGGGGACACUUGGCUGAGCAGAAUGUGGCCCCAUGCACCUGGCCAGGCAUCGUGGGCACCUUGGCGGUUGGCUGCUCCCACGCAGGUACAUCCAGAUGCUGAAGGACCACAGGCCCCGUAUGGUGUGGGAUGGCCAGGCUGCAGAGCACUUUUUCGAGUACAAGAAGAGCCGCGGCGGGAGGCACCUGGUCUUCUACCCAACUCUGAAGUCCCUGCAGGUGCGGCUGGAACUGGCCAAGGAGCUGGGCGUCGGGGUCUCCAUCUGGGAGCUGGGCCAGGGCCUGGACUACUUCUACGACCUGCUCUAGGCUGUGCCCCCAAGCGGAUGUGGACUAUUCGCAGCCGUGCAAUGGCCAUGUGAAAUACAGACCUCAUUCUUUGUUCUGUGA